ACGCACCUAGAUCUUUGGAUGGGUCAGGCUCGCGGCAUGCAGUGCAUUGCAGAGUGACACACACCACACCCUGUCCACUCACUGUUCGUCACUCUCAAGCGGAGCGAUGCACAGUUACAUAAAGAAACACAACAGGCUGCCCUGCCCGUUCCCCUCUCUCUUCCCCCCGACGACUGAUGGCCGAUCAAUCACUCAGUUCUUGCCAAUGUUGAUGGCGGCAUCGCCCCCCUUGGCCUUGGACGCGUCCAGAGGGUUCAUCAGACUCUCGAACCAUUGCACAAACUCGUUCUUCUCCCCGCCCUGGGGCUUCUUCGCCACCUGCCUCAUCCACACACACACAACCAAAGGGAUGAUUUAGUUGAGUGGGGCUAGGGAGAGGCGUUGCGCUCCUGUGUGAGUGGGUGAGACCUGACCUUGACAGGUUCGUCAGGGUAUGCCCUCAGGUUGUAGCCGUACUCGAACUCGGCCUCCCCGCCCUCGGGCGACUCUUUGAGCUUCGGAUACAGCUUGAACAGACCCUGAUACAUGUAUCAGUACAUCAGGCGAGGGACGCACAAGAAGACACACGAGCAUAUGGGCACAAAGAAAGACGGGCUUAUCGGGCGAGGCGAGCGCCGUGACUGACUGACCUUCUUCAUCUGUUCUUCCUCCUUGUAUAUGACGUCAUCGAUCUUCAUCUUUCUGGGGACGGCCAUAGACCCCACCGGCACCCACGCCUCGUCAGGCAGACCUUUCGGACGAGCCCACACCUGACGGAUGGACACACAGACGUCAAGCGAAUGAAUGGUGCAGAGGACACCACACCCAGGGGCAUGCCUGCCUGCCUGCCUGCCUGCCUGGAAUCCAUCCAUCCAUCAUGUGCGGCCGGCCGGCCAUUCAUGCUGCGUCACGUACGGCGUAUUCAGGGAUGCCCUUGGCGGCCAGCUCGUCAUACGCCUUGGCAUACUUCUGAGCCUGCACACAGCACAGCCAAACACCACCACACAGACAGACAGACAGAGAGUGAAUCAAUGCCCAUCGUUUUCUGACUGGUUGCUCGAUCAUACUUCAGGGUCGAGAUCGUUGUCCUUCUUGCCCUUCUUGACGGGCUUGGGCGGCUUGUCACCAAAGCCUUUGAAGUCCUUUGCCGCAUCCAACACACCCAGCCGCCUCCCGUCAGCAGCCAAUCUUCGUCUCGGCGCUGACGGCGGGUCGAAAGAUGCUGGCGAUGAAGCAUGCCGUGAGUGUGGCGCCGGCCACCUGAGGAGAGGAGGCUGAAAGCAGUGUGCCGCUGGCGGCAAGAGGAGAAGAUGAGCCAAGAUGGCGAAGAUCGUGGCUGUUAGCCGUCGCCAUUGACUGCAUUUGCAGACGGCUGUUAUCUGCCGACGAGCUGCCUCGGGAGGUGCCUCAGCCACAGGCGCCAUCUGGCUCACUUCGUGAGGGGUUUGCGUUGAGCUUAGGAAACAGGGUUUUUGUGA